AUGGCAGCGACUUCGGAGGGUCCAAGUCAACUUUUUGUUGGCUCGUUACCUGUUACAUUAUUGCAGCCGAACAAAAAUGGACCUGACUCGCUGUUUUCUCAGGAGUACCGCAUUGAAAUCAGCCGACCAGAUGACUUUGAAUUUUUGUACGCGGAAGGCAUUACUCGGACGAAAUAUCAGACGUUAGCAAAAACAUGGAAUCUUAACGUUGAUUUCGACGACUUUCCUGCUCGAAUAGUUCGCUUACUUCGAGAACGUGUUGGAGCUACUUCACCUCAGCCGAGUACCAUACUGAAUUUUCGUUUCUGUAGCAGCCCUAAGCUGGCGGUAGUUCAGAGCCAGUGUUCAAAGCGACCUCUACUUACGGUAGUUUGGUAUUUUCAGUUGGAACGGGAUGAACGUGAUUCCGCUCUGAGUACAAUUGAGCAUUUGAAAGACGAAUUGGCUGAUGCAGAGAAGAAAGUACGAGAACUCGAAGAAGAUCUCGAUCAAUGUGAAGAAGAGUGUGAAGAGCUCGAAGGAAAGGUGUGUUCGGUCUUUUAA